AAUAUGGCGGCUGUCGCUGCAACAGCCGAUAUGACGAUUCAAAAGAAUUCUCAGAUUUUAGUGAAUGUUGAAGAAGCUUUAGCAGAUUUAAUAGUUGUGUCUUAUUGUACCGAAGAUAAAAAAUUCCAAGGUGUUCUUCUAGACUCCAAUAAAGGUAACUUGCCUUUUGGGGUGUAUAGUCUCCAUCCAGCCUUCUCUAAACAGUCUGAACCCACCGAUGACAAAGAUAAAUUACAUUCAGUUAGUCAGAGGUACACCUACCAAGAGCCUCAAUAUGCUCGUGAAAACGCAGAGAAAUCGAAGAAAACAGCUGCGAAAGGAAAGCCACAGCCACGGCAGAAGAUGACUGUAAGAUUGCGGCCUAGAAAGGUCCUGUGUUCGAAUUGCAAUGGCAUUUGUAACGAUAACAGUGAAAAUGUAGACGUAUCAAAAAAACGUAAGUAUGGCGAUGACGACGAUGGUCAACACGAGUCUGAGUCAUCGAGCGCUGAGAAGAAGUACCUCAUGGGCGGCAUGCUCAUUCCCAAGCUAUCUAGACUGCAGCCCGAUGAGAUCACGAGCGCGACUAAAACCUCAUCGAGGACAAACAAGGCUAGUGAAAAGUCAAUAAAAUCUAUUAAGACUAGUGAUAGUGAGCAGGCCACGCAGGAGAUGGCAUUUGUCAGCGUUUCCGAUAUUGAAGGGCAACACACAAAAGACGAAAAUGAAAUGUCUUUCAGUUCAAUGUUUUCUAGUGCCAGAACACUUAAGAUAUGCUUUGGUGAAGGCGAAGGUACUGUUGUUAAAAUACCUCCAAUUACUGGUGACUAUAAUGAGGAUUCUGGCGUUUCAUGUGACAUGUCUAAGACAGACUCAAAAGCUGCUAAAAAGGCUCUCAAAAAAGCCAAGAAACAAGCCCGAAAAGAAGCACCUAAGACUGGCCAGUCACCAAAACAUAUAGGUGCUUUGUCACCAAGAAACAAUGUUGCAAAUAGCCCACCUAGUCUCGACCCCUUAGAAAAGAAACACAAACACCGAGUAAAGCACAAAAAGAAGUACAGCCCAGAAAAGAGAGAUGAAAACACAAGUAAAUGUACAGAAAGUGAAUCCAUAGAUUAUUUUAGUGAUAUCAAAGAACAUUGUAUGAAACAGAAGUUGUCAAUUAGUCUGAGAAGGUUGAGUAGUAAUUCAUAUGAGAAACGCAGUGAGAAUGAUGUCAUAGAGAGUGGUUCAGAUGAGUGGGAGGGUGACCUGGUGCCAGACUUCCCCCCAAAUGGCACCGAAGGAGGAGGAGGCAGGUUACUCAGAGUAUCUCCAGGUGACAUAGUGUGGGGGAAAGUUGUGGGAUUCCCAUGGUGGCCAGGCAGGGUACUGAGUGUCUCGUCAUCAUCUAGUGCUCAUGUGGCAUGGUACGCUUCAACAACAUCAUCUCUGAUGCCCUGUGACAGCUUGAGCCCAUUUUUGGAAGAUUAUAAGAUUCGAUUCAACAAGAAAAAACGCGGACCAUACAAAGAGGCUGUAAAACAAGCGACGAUCGAAGCGAAGAAAAAUGAAUCUCCUUCAGGCGAUCCAUUGGCGAGUCCCGCACACUUAGCGACGGUGUCACCGAGACCAAUAGAUGUGUUCUCUUAAAGUAAGACAUCAAAAUUUAUUUAAAUUCAUGUGAUAUUUUUAUUACUCAAUAUCUGCACAAAGAUUACAGGCCAUUUGUGUUGCAAUGUUUAGGAUCUGUUUAAGAUACGUAAUGUGUUUUUGUUUAAUAAUUGUUUUUAUAAAGGAAAUAUGUGUUUUAAAAUUAACUCUAAAAUAAAAUUAAUUAGGUGACUUAAAAAAUAUCUGUUUAUUAGCUUUUCUUUCUUAUCAAUUUGACUAUGAUAGCCAACUACUACUAUACUAACAAAAAACUUUUUAUGUUCAUGACAAUUGCAGGACACAUCAAAUACAAUGUUUAAGUCCACAUCCUACAUGAGAAAAAUAUUUAUUUUAUAUCUUUACUCCCUCUGAAGAUAAAGUUAUCAUUCAAUAUGAGAAAAAUGCUUACUGAUAAUUAUUUACAAAAUAACCUUUAAAUAAAAGACACAAAAUGGACUGUAAUUGAAUUAACAUUCUCUAAUUUAAGUGUAUAAUGUAAUCUGUAAUUAUAAUGUUUGCUGUAGUGGUGUAAAUGCUCAUACAUAAUUGCUGUUUAUCUGACAUCAUGUUUGUCUAAUUAUAGGUGUCGUGAGAGUUUUGAUUUUUUCUCCCUAAAAAAAUAGUAUUUUAGUUUUGGCAACAUUUUCUAAAUGUUAAAAAUACCAUUUAUAUAAAGGAAAAGAUAUGCUCAUUGGUUCGUCAAUGAUAUUUUGUUAAUAGAAUUUAAUAAAUUCCUUUCCUAAUAUUAUGAUUCUUUAUAGUGAAAUAUUAUUUGUAUAUAUAAAUGAUUAUUGAUUAUGUCAUGAAAAAUCAAUAAGUUUUGACUACUUCCUCCAUAAAAUUAAUUAAAUAAUGUACCGAUUUGCUAGAUUUAUUGAUUUGGUUGUAACUAUUUUUAUCAUCGUAAUUAAUUUUGUUUGUUACUUUACAUCACAGUUACCUUAAGUGUCGACUAACGCGAUGUCAGAACGUGAUAUUUACAUUGUAUUGUUGUGAAUGUGCAAUAAAUAUAGAGAGCCAUAAAAAAUGUCCAUUGUUAAGCUUUUCUUGUAAUUAUUAUUCCAUUUGUGAGUUUUCUUAUAAACAAAAUUUGAUGUGAUUUUGUAUCAACCUGUACUUAAAAAAAAUGCUUUUAGCGCCACUAUUUUUUGUUUUAAAUGAUCAAAAAUCAAUAUGAGCUUAUGAAAUAUAAUAUGUAAAAAUAAAAAAAAACUAAAAAAUUGCAAGCAUUGGCGCUUUUUUUUUUCUUUCCUAACAUUGGCGCUUCCGAUUAGGCGUAAAUUUAAUUAGGUAUAUGGACAAUUUUUUUUUUAGUUAGGCAAUGUGUAAAAGAAAACAAACAAAUAAUAUUUACAAUUAUACAUUACUCAUAUUCACAUUGGAUAUUAUUGAUUACAAUUUAAACAACUUGUGUUAUUUUUUUAUUAGUUUAAUUACAAUAUUAACAUUUUGUUACAGAAUUAAAGCCAUUCCUUUUGAUAUCUCACUUUUGGUUUUGAUUUUUUUUAUAAUCGGUUUGCUUACAUUAAAAAGUUGGUGCCAAAAGGCAAUUUAUUUAGGAAAAAUUUAAGAUGAUUUACAACAUUCAGGCAAAAUUAUAAUAUCCAGGCUACUGAACUUCUUUACCAUUUUGAAAAUAUUAUAUAAAUGAUACAUUAUAAAAUAGUAAAGCAGUUCAAUUGUUUCCUGGUAAUAAGACUGUUUCAUAAGGCUGUGGGUUAUGAGAACCCUGUGCGCAUUCUAGUUGUGGUCAUAUAAUCAUAAGCAAAAGAAAAUCUGCAAUAUCCCUGCAUUUUUAAAACCAAAAGUGAGAAAUAUUGUUAUUUAUUUUUUAAGAUUAAUUUUAUAAGAUAUCUAUUGUGUUAAUAUGUGGUAUCGGUUAUUGUUACAUCCACAUUGGUAUUGAUCUCGAAAGUACCUACUUUUUUAUUUGUUCCUAAAACAACCAAUAUAUGCGAAACUUUCGAGAUUUUUUGCACUAGUGUGUCUAUAGUUUCAUAAAAAUAUUAUUACAUUAUUAAGAAAAACAAUGUUUAGUUUUCUGACAAAUUACAAAAUUUUUUGUAUGGCUUGUACUCAAAGGUUUUUUUCUAACGCAACUAUUACAUGUAGAAAAGACAAAAGUGCUGGCCACUAAUACAUUUAUGACUUUUAAAUUAUGUAAUUAUUAUACCUCUGUAUCACACAUGUUGAUUAGAUGUAAUUUUCAUUCUAGAAUCUAGACUCCUGAAUCAGAUACUUAAGUAAGCUUCAUUGGCAGUAAUGUGCUGGUCACAAAGAUUUUUGUAUAUGAAUGUAGUCAUACAAUAAUUCAUAUGCAUUGUAAAUAUCUUCUAAAAAUCCAACAAGCUGUUUUCAAUGUUACACAAUGUUCUAAAUAGUUAAAUGUGGCCUAAAAUUAAAUUAAUUGUUCAAAAUAUGUCUGCAAGUUGAAUCUUUAAGCUUAAUCCCACAAGGGUAGUCUAGAGGCACAUAAAAAAGGAAUACAGCCAAAGAUUCAUGAUCUUUGCCUAACUUAGUGGUGAUUUAUUGAUCAUAUAUGUUUACAGAGAUAUUUUAUGUGGUACCUAAUGUUAGUGUAGUCUGCUAUAAUGUAUCAUCUUAUAACUACAGGAAAUGUAUUUUUAAAAUAUAAAUUCUUCAGAUAU